UUAAAUCGGGUUGCAUAUUCUUUUUUAUUUAUAUGUUUAGACAACAGAACGCGCCUAAACAAAAAUUACAGUUGGUACGCCUGCAAACGCCGGAAUAUCCUGUACACGUCAAGCACCCCGACGUCACAAAUCGCCUUCCCCUUUUCGUUGAAACAUGGCAUCAGGUAAAAAGGGUAAAAAGACCAAAGGGAAGACUUUGGCGCUGACGGAUUUUUUGCAAGAAACCACCGGCUCGAUUCCCGUCCAGCCCAUUCGCAAAUCCAAUUUGAAUUGGGCCGAUGAAGUCGAAGAUUACGAUGAUUUGAGGAAGCCCGUGAAUUUGGUGCUGCCUACGGCCCCCAAAGCCUCGAGAGACUAUGAUGACAUCAGCGAUACGGUGCCCACCGAGCCGCCGUUUUGCGCUUAUUUGUCUAAUCUACCUUACGAUGCGGAUGAGGACGAGAUAGCGGACUUUUUUAAAAAUAUGAGAAUAGCUAAUAUGAGAAUUCCAAAAGACGACAGAGGAGGUGAGUCGAAAUCUAAAGGAUACGGUUACAUUGAAUUCGAAGACAGGGAGAGCUUGCUGGAUGCUCUUGUUAUGCGUGAGACGACGCUGAAAAACCGAAGGAUGCGAAUAGAAGUGGCCUCUAACAUGGACGGCGACCGGCGACGAGGCGGCCGCAUGGACAUGAAUCGCGACCGGCCCGACCGUUCGGACGGUUUCAGCGAUUGGCGUUCGGGCCCGCGGCAAACCGAAUCGAAUCAAGACGAUCGCGACCGUCGCGGCGGCGGCGGCGGUUUCAACCGAGACAGGGACCGCGACGGCGGCGGCAGUUUCACGCGCGAGGGCAUGCGCGAACGGAACAACGACGAGAACCGCAGCUUCACGAGGGAAGGCAUGCGAGACCGCGAUUACGGCAGAGACAGUAAUAGGGAUUCGUUUAAUAGGCGGGAGAAUAAGGAGGAUAGGGACGAUAGGCCGGGCGCGUGGAGAGAGGGAGAAAGGAUGAAUAAGGAUGUCGAUAAUAGAGAUCGAGGAGGUUUUAAUCGCGACAGAGGCGGUAGAUUCGACAGAGAAGAUAGAGACGAAAGGAGAAGCUUUGGAGGCAGACGGUACGAUGAUAGGGACAGAAAAGACGGAGGUGGAGGAGGAGGAUUUUCGAGAGGAGGUGGAGGAGGAGGACUAGGUGGUGGCGGUCCAAAGGAAGACAGAGAUUCAGAUCCGCCAUCUUCGGAGCCUCGAGAACGCCAGAGAUUAGUAUUAGCACCGCGAACUAAACCCGUAGAAAAUGUACCUGUAAAUACAGAAUCUGUGCCUUCUGCUUCGAUAUUCGGAAAAGCCAAGCCAGUCGAUACGAGUCAAAGGGAGAGGGAAAUCGAGGAGAAAUUGGCCAAGGAACACGAGAAGAAGCGGGAUAGUAGCAAAGACAGGGAUAAAAAGCAGGACGAUAGACCGGCUGAAGAUAAUGAUAAGAAAAAUAUCGAGAGAAGCGAUAAAAGUCGACCUCCUCCUCGUAAGAUAGAAGAUAGUCCUCCUCACAAAGAAACCAAGGAUGCGGGUCCUCCUAGGAGAAAUUUGGACGAUAAAAAAGCAGCAUCUCCUAAAAGUGAUCAAAAAUCACCCGAUAAGUCUGAUAAUAGGCAUAAAAUCGAGAAGUCUGAAAAACCUAAACGGGAAGAUAAAAGAGAGAGACAGGAAAAGGACAUGCCGAAACUGGUGGAACCGGAACCGCCGAAUUUCGCCGCCAAUAACAAGUUCGCAUUUUUGCCAACAGAAGACGAUAAUUCCGAUUAGCAAUUACGUGAUCGUUAAUUAGUGUAAAUAAUAAUAAUAAUUCAAUAAAAAAGUUGAUGAAUUGAUUUUUAACAAACAAAAGUGGUAAAUCAGAACAUUUUUACAAUAUUUAUUGUUUUAGUCAUAGAAUAUAUUUUUUGUUAAAUACAAAAAAAUGGAAGAAGAAGAACCGUUUGUAUGUGUAUAAUUUUUGUUGAAAAUUUUUAUUGUAAUUUGUGUUGAAUGAAUUACAUAUUUAUUUCCCAAUGCGCUUCGUUUUAUUAUUUAUUCGACGUUUAUUGGCUGGUGUGGUAGUUGAGUUUUUCGGGCUCCAUGUCUAAAUCUUCGUAGAAUCUGGGAUCGCUUAUCCUUAAAGCCGCUCUCUUGUAAUAGUAGUAAUAAAUUGCGGACACUGAAAAAUAUAAUUAAAAAUUACUAACAACUUACCAAAUUAAUAUC